AAAGUUGCCGUUUCGCGCCAAAACGAGGAUGAAAACAAAAUGGCGGAAAAUGUUAACUCCCCUGUGCCAUUUUCGCCCGGAAAAGCCUUGAUAACAGGUCUCGUCGGCAGUACACAGCAAGAUGAAAAGGAUAUUGAGGAUUUUACAUGCCCUAUAUGUCUCCAACUUUUAGUUGAACCCGUCGUUUUACCGUGUGAACAUGAGUUUUGCAAAAUGUGUUUCACUCAAAAUGUUCAAGAAGCAAAUCUCCAAUGUCCAAUGUGUCGAAUAAGAAUUUCAAGUUGGGCCCGCAGAAAUGCCAGAAAUGGAACAUUGGUAGACCGAAAACGAUGGGAUAGAAUAAAGAAACUGUUUCCGAAACGAUGUGAGAAGAGAAUCAGAGGAGAGGAGGACUUUGAAGAUGAUCAUCCAAGACUCAAGAGAGUGCUCUCUGAAAAUGGUGCAAUACGCAGUGAAUAUGAGGAGGAGAUGAAAAAGCUGCGGCUGGCUCAAGAAGCAGAACAAAGAGCAAGUGAAGAGCUUAUCCAGAGACUAAUGAAAGAGAGUGAAAGUGAUGCACUGGAAAGAGAACAACAAAGACUUAGGGAUGAAGAGAUUGCAAGGCAAUUGCAAAACAAGGUUACCCCAGCAGCACCAACCACUGUGGAUCAGGACUCAACCUCUCCAAGCUCUACUGUAAAACAAGCUCAAAAAACAACAAAGAAACAAUUACCUACUUUAAUGAAAUGGUUCAGUCCGAAAUCUAAGGACGAAACACCCACUCAGCACAACCAAAGGUGUGAAAGCAACUCUGACGGUUACUCUAGUGCCGAAACUCUUUCCCAAGAUAACCUUGCUGCCUUGUCUGAGGUUGAUCCUGUGUAUGCAGAGUUGCUGAAACAAAAACAGCUACAAGAGGAGGAAGAUUUUAAGCUUGCACUAAGACUGCAGAAAGAAUUGAACGCUGAGGCUCGGGAGGAGCAAAGAUUGGAACGCUGCAAAGGGACAGUAGAUGGCUACUUGUUACGUAAGCAUGUAACAUCUACUAGGACUACAAGAAAGGAUGACUGUCAUGAAAAAUAAGGGAGUUUUUUUUGAAUAAGUACAGUUUGGUAAAAAAAUUUUAACAUUUCUACUUCUUGAAAUCUUUUUUACAUUUUUAUAAAAAAAGUAUGGAGUAUUAUAAAGAUAUAUUUUUUUGUAGGCUGGGAAGCUUGACACGUUUUAUGUGAGGCUUUAUUUUAAUUGCUCAACCCUUGAAUUUUUCAAUUUGUGAUAUAUUCUCGGAUCCGUUUCAACCAAACAACUUAAAUCCCAAAUCUUAAUUGUAAAUCUAACAUAUAGCCAAAUUUGUUGUUGCAGUUUCAAUGCUUUGGUGCAUUUUCGGAUCUGUCAAACAUGGAAGGAGGCAGGUGUAAAUAAGCUUGCCUCUUUCAAGUUCAGUUAAAAACAUGACUCUAGCUUUUCCCAAACAAUUGCAUUGGCAAGUGGUUUUUAUGCUAGAAUAUGAUUAUUGAUGGAUAAGAAAAUGCAGCAAUUUUUUUCGAGUUUUGAAAAUGGAGGGUGUGAUACAACGAAUUUGGUUAAAAAAGCUGAGGAUUUUAAUAUUUGAGAUGUAAACUAUAUUAGCAGGGGAAAACUCUUUUUAUAUUUCAUCAAAUGAGACAUUCCUAUUGGGUUAGUUGUUUGUUUAUUGGCAAGACCUUAACAUCAGGCAACAUUACAGUAACUCCCAAUCAUGCCCCAAUAAGAGCAAGGGGAAGGCAAUUAUUAUUUUUAGUUCUAGUAAUAGCCCAGGUUUGGUAUGCUGUAAAAGAACUGGUCCAGAGCAUAGAGGUUUAGUCUCCUACACAUUGGGCUCAAGCAAUAGUGUGAUUUAGGUCAGAAAAACUGUAUAGGAGGUUUUAGUAUUGAAUGCCUCUUGCACUACUUCAAUCCACUUUA